UGCUCCUGCUAAACCAAAAGAUGUUUCUUGACAUUUUGACGGCUUAAUCUCAACGUAAACAACAUAUUUGUUGUAAUGUUAUUGUUUGUAUAACAGAAUCAAUAUUGUUUUAUAGCGAAUUGCUUGAACUAGAAUAUUUCAAUUAGGGAUUCUACAGGUGCUGAAGGCUAAUGCAUAGCGUUGGUGUAUCCACUCGGACCACUGGGGCUAGUUGGCUGAAGACUUAGACUAGUCUAUUUAACAAGACGUCGAAGAUGAAUUUCAUUUCAGUGGGAUCCUCCUUUUAUUUUCAACAAUAUCUUGAUUGAUUGAAAAACUGACCCCAAAACACAGCCAUGGGCAAUGCUAUGAACAAGAUCAUUGAUGGUGUCUAUGUUGGUAAUUUCCGUGAUGCAAAGGAUGAAGAUGAAUUGAAGAAACACAAAAUCACCCACAUAUUAUCUAUCCAUGAUAAUGCCAAACAGCUUCUUAAGGACAUGCAGUACCUGUGUAUCGUGGCCAGUGACAGCCCGGACCAGGACCUCACUCAGUACUUCCCGGAGUGUAUUGACUUCAUACACAGAGCGAGGCUCGACGGGGGCCGAGUCCUCAUCCACUGCUUGGCCGGUGUUUCUCGAAGUGUAACUAUCACGGCAGCCUACCUUAUGACCGUGACUAAUUUCAGGUGGCGUGACACGCUUCAUGCAAUUCGCGGUGCUCGGAACUGUGCCAACCCAAACUUUGGCUUCCAGCGGCAGCUUAUGUCAUACCAGUGUGAAAAACUGGAGGAGGAAAGAAAACGUCUGAAAGAGCAGUUCCCACCCAUACACAAUGAUGAUGAAUCGGAGAUGAGACAGCUGCUGGAAGCCUACAACAAGUUUGUCCUCCACGGCUCACCCCCGUCCGAUGACUACCCCCUGCCACUCGAUGCCUACAGCAAUCGCAAGAAGUCAAAUCGUGAUGCCAAUAAUGGCGAUGUUACAAAUUCACAACAAGUGAAUGACCACAAUGAUGAUGGUAAUGAUGAUGGUAAAGUGAAUGAUGCCAAUCAUGGUGAUUGUGAUGACGUCAACCGUGAGACUGAUAGAUGAAAGUGGUUAUGUAGUGUCAUGAAUCUAGUGUGAAUUGUUACCCUGUGUUUGAUAAAUCCCAGUUUUGACUUUUUUUUCUUUUUUUUUACACCCCAUUUCAUUACAGUUGUGUUUUGACAGAUCUAUUAGGGCCAUAUUUUUUUUUACACCCCAUUUCAUUACAGUUGUGUUUUGACAGAUCUAUUAGGGUCAUAGUGAAUUUAUUGUUUGGAAGGAGCCAGUAUGCUUCAUCUAGGGUAAACGUUGUAAACUUAUUGAUGUGCCUUCUGUGAGGGUAUAAGGAGAGACAUUUUGAAUUUUGUGAUGUCCGGAACUACAAAUGUUGGUUAACAUUACAGAGUUAUUUAAAAUUGGUGAAAAGAAAAGAUGGCCAUUUAGGUGACUUCUUAUUGAGACCAUUUGCUACAGCAACGUAUAUGGUUCCAGCCAAAAUUCUAAGUGUUUUCUACCCCCCAAUAAUUGCAGUGUCACUUGGAAAAGGAAAACUCUUUUGAAAAUAACAAUACUGCUCCAAUUUUAUGUGCAGUUUGUUAAAACAUUGGUCGGAAUAUAAAUGAAACAGCAGCACCCAGCCAUGAUGUUGUCUGCCCAUGAAGUUUGAUUUUAGAUUGUCUUGAUUUAUUUAUCCUAAAGUCUAUAUUUGAUUUUUAAAAUUAUUAAUCUGUCUUUAUUAAUUGGAGAUCUACGCAGGAUUAAAAAAAACUAACUAUUAUAUAUAUAUAUGUAAUCAUUUUAAAUUCCAUAAGCAGACAGCAUUCUUUAUUAUGGGCGGGUCUUGCCGUUUUAUUUAUAUCUUGAAAAGUGUUUUUAAAAAGUGCAAUUAAAAAUAGAACACUUUUGUUAUUUCCAAAACAUUUCUUUUUACAUCAGAAACAAACUGGAAUAAUUUAAUAAUUAACAAAAAAAUUAAAAUGAUGUUAUAAAUGUAUAGGUCCUAUAAAGUUAAUUGAUAUAGCAUUGUCAUUGCAACCAAUUCAAAUCAGUUCUUACUGCUAAUCUAUUUUGGUCUUCGUCAAUAGAUCUAAUAUGAGCCUAGUAUGUUUUUGUGACCUGGUGACCUUUCAUCAUGAACAGCUUUAUGAAUGUGUUACGGUGUGUGUAGUACAGUCAGAUGUGUGUCAGACAUUUUCAUUGGUUGAAUCAAACCCCCAUUUUCUAUAAUUCUGAUAUCGAGACCCCUGAGGUGUAAUUUCAAUUAGAUUGUUAUUGUGAAUGUGAUGCAUUACUUAUGAUUAUUUUGAAGUAUCCUGGUUUUGAACUUCUGUUUUUUUCCCCCAAGAAAGAUGCAUUUGAGAUAUAUUUAAGUAUUGUUUGUUUAUGUAACUUCCUAUUAAGACCACCUGUUAGUAAAAACUGUCAGUUCCUAGUAUGUCCUGAAGCUUUAUGAAUUUGUUACAAAUGUGUUUUAAAUAUUUUCAUUGGUUGAAUUAAACUUGUAUAAUCUUGAUACGAGGAUCCAUGAGGUCUGAUUUCAAUUAGAUUGUUAAUGUGAUGAUGAAUUAUUUAUGAUGGCAACCUAUUUUGAAAUAUCCCAGAUUUGAAUUCCCCCCCC